ACAGAUACUUUUAUUCUCAUCGGUCUUGUUUCUGCGUGGCAACUUAGGGUUUUGGAUUCUGAAGGUGAUACAUUAUCCUGUUAAAUUAAGGGUAAAAUGAGGCCUAUUUUUUGCGGAAACGUUGAGUUUGAUGCACGGCAGGGUGAUCUGGAGAGACUUUUUCGAAAAUAUGGAAAAGUUGAUAGAGUGGAUAUGAAGUCUGGAUUUUCUCUGGAUGAUCAUUCCAGGCCACGAGAAGUGCCAUUCCGCUUCUGAUUCUGAUUCCGAUUCCGAUUCCGAUUCACUUUGGCAUUAUCUCCACCAUCACACAUUCACCACAUACAUUGUUGCCUUCCAUUCCACGUAAUCGUUUUCCGAAUGUUAGCAGCUAAAAGCAACAAAAUAGAGGGUGAAGGCACCUUUUUUUUACUAUCCGUCCUUGGAUUCUAGUUCCAUGACAUCCCUUAGUUCAUAGACCAAGGGUUUGCUUUUAUUUAUAUGGAAGAUGAAAGGGACGCUGAUGAUGCAAUUCGUGCACUUGACCGCUAUGAGUUUGGUAGGAAGGGACGCAGACUUCGUGUUGAGUGGACAAAGCAAGAACGCAAUGUCAGACAACCUGCAAGCUCUAGAAAGUCUUCAUCAAAUUCAAGGCCCUCAAAAACCUUGUUUGUUAUCAAUUUUGAUCCGUAUAAUACUAGGACUAGGGAUUUGGAGAGACACUUUGAUUCGUAUGGUAAGGUUUUGAAUACAAGGAUCAGAAAGAAUUUUGGCUUUAUACAGUUUGAGUCACAGGAUGAUGCCACCAACGCUCUUGAAGCUACAAAUCAGAGCAAGCUGAUGGAUCGGGUUAUAACUGUUGAAUAUGCAAGAGAUGAUGAUGACAGAAAGAACGGGAAUGGUUCGGGAGGUCGUGAUAGGUCACCUCGUAGGAGAGGUGACGAGAGGGGAAGGUCACCAAGUCCAUAUACGAGAGAGAGGGGCAGCCCUGACUAUGGGCGUGGACGCGACCGGGGCAGCCCUGACUAUGGUCGUGGACGAGGUCGUAGCCCGAGCCCACACCGCAAGGAUCGUAGCAGCCCUGAGUAUGGUCCUGGUGUCAAUGGAAAGGGAAGGGCCCGGAAUGCUGAUCAUCGUCGUGAUGGCAGCCCAAAGGAGAGGGUGAGCCCUGAAUAUGAACAAGGUGCAAUUGUGAGUCCUCGGAGUGAAGGACUUAUUGAGUCUCCACGUGAAAGGAGGAGCCCUGAUAUGCGCAGGGACAGUCCUGGCCAUAGUGGAGCUGAAAGCCCACCUGGGCGGUUUGACAAGUCGUAAGCGAGAUCUUGUUCAAGACUGACCAAUGGGCACCAAGCAACUAAAAUGCGAUGAGAUGGAGAUGUUAAGCGUAGUUGUGUUACUGUUUUAAUUUGUAAAACGUGGGUAUGUAAUGGAUCUUCUUGUCAUCUACUCAACCUCAUGACCUUCAUUCACAUUAGUCAAGUUGCACAUGGAAAAAUCAUUGUAUUCAGAAUCGGACCCGACUGGGUUGAUUGGACUAUAUUAUAUAUUUUGUGAAGGAUUUCAGAUAUGCUCUUAAAA